CGCCAGUCCGCAUCAUUCAGCAGUUCAAGUCCCAAACUCAAUGCCUCAAUGGCAGCACUUUCUGCAUUCCGCAACCUUGCACUCUCUUUCAGUCCUCUCUUCUUCCAUUUAACCCUUCGUACUUGAUUCUUGACCACUCACUCCGAAGUUCCCAUCUGUUCAGCUCUUCAACAUGAUCUAGCAGUUUCCUCCUCGCAGGCACACUCCCUGCCCCAAACCACUCAACAUUGCCUCCCCCUGCACCCCAAUAUCCUUUCCACCAUUGCUAUGCGACUCUUUCUCCUUCCUUUAAGCACGCGACAAGCUCUUGUGUAUUGUCAACGUGCCGCUAAGGCCCCAGGAGCCGAGUCAAGCUACGGCGAGAAAAUCCAACAAAAGGCCGCCGAGACAUGGGCCAAAUGGGAGACUGCCAAAAGUGGUUGGAAGAAGCACAUUGUUACAUAUGGCAACAGAGGCCUCCAACGUAUCCCUUAUCAAGAAUGGAGUCUCAAGAGCUUUCCUCCCUCCAGCCCCAAUCUCCAAGCAGAACACCUCGUCCAAGGGAAGAGGUUCGACGUCAUCUACCCGGGUAAUGUCAUGAGACAAGAGGACGUCCCCAGGGUCCUGGCACGGCUAGCUCGUGAAAGGAAGCAAUUACACUGGAAUCGUUUUAUUGGGAGCAUGGUUGCUAUUCCUUUCACCGUCCCCUUUGCUCUGAUCCCAAUAAUCCCCAACAUACCCUUCUUCUAUGCCGUCUAUCGGUGCUGGUCACAUUGGAGAGCACUCAAGGGGUCUGACCACCUGGAUUUCAUUUUAGACCACCGACUCAUCAAACCUCAAUCGCCAGACCACAUCGAAGAACUCUACCAACAAGUGGCGCCGCACUCUCCCGACUUCCAUUUUGUAACAGCGAGUCAGAUUGAAGAUGGGACUGCCCCACCCGACCAACUGAUCCUCACUGCAGAUAGCCAUGACCUUGUUGCCAAAACACUAGGAGUUCCUGAGUUGUCGGGCGAAAUUGAAAGAGCCGUGUGGCAGGUGGAACGACAAUUGGACGCUGAACGAAAGGCGGCGCAGGUUUCCAAAGAUGGCUCACUAAACAAUCCCAAGACCAAAACAUAAGAAAACGACUGAAUCCAAGCUUGACCUGUUUGACGAUCUAUCACACGGCCUGUGGGCCACGAGAAACGAGCCCAACGGCCCUGGGCAUCAUCGACGCUUGUAGAUAUGUACUGUAUAGAAACCCAUUGUAUUGUGCUGAUUAGGCAUAUAUCGAUUGACACCAUGUGAAUCAAAAGACGUGUUCCCCCUCAAGA